GCACUAGCAGCCUCAUCAAACACUGGAUCCAGGAUUUAUUGUUUUGCUGUAUUCAUUUGGAAUCAAUCCACAACUAUUCAUCUGGGGUUUGUCAGCUGGUCACAGCUCCUUUGGGAAUGAAAAGGGGGAGCCAUGGGGGUGGGAAGACAGAUUCGACUCCUACUAUGGAAGAACUGGACGAUCCGCAAGCGACAAAGGGUGCGUUUCUUCAUGGAGAUCAUGUGGCCUAUUGUGCUGUUUAUGGGACUUGUCUGGUUAAGACGACUGAAUCCGCUCUACCGUCAACAUGAAUGCCAUUUCCCCAACAAGGCCAUGCCCUCCUCAGGUAUCCUGCCAUGGAUCCAAGGAAUCUUCUGCAAUGCCAACAACCCUUGUUUUCAAUACCCAACCCAAGGUGAAUCUCCUGGGCUGGUGUCCAACUACAACAAUUCCAUAUUGUCACGAUUCUACUCUGAUGCACAUGAGCUUCUCUUUAGAGAUCCAAACUUUCUGCAGAUUGAUCGCCUCUGGAGGGAAAUUACUGCUAUGAGUAACUUCAUGGACACCCUACGCACACAGCCUGAACAGGUCUCAGGCAGAGGAAUAAAGGUGGAGACAAUCUUAAAGGAUGAUGAGAUACUGACUUCAUUCCUGCUGAGAGACGUUCCUUUGUCAGAAAGAGUUGUCUAUCAGCUCGUCAAUGCCCAAAUCAGGCCUGAGCAGUUUGCCUUUGGGGUUCCAGACUUGCAUCUAAAGGACAUUGCCUGCAACACAAAGCUGCUAGAGCGAUUCCUGAUUUUCCCCAGUCGCCGAGGGCUAUCUUCUGUUCGCAAUGCUCUGUGCAUCCUGACCCAACAGCGGCUGCAGAUCAUUGAGGACAAAUUCUACGCCAAUGUAGAUUUUUUUAAAGUCUUCCGCCUGGUUCCUCUUGUGCUGGAUAAUCACUCUGAAGGCAUCGACAUUCCUUUCUGGGUUCGGACCAUCUCUGCUGCAUCUGAGAAACUACAAGAGUUAUACCAGAGGAGUAGUUCCAGGGAUCUUCUGCAGGUCAUAACUCCUCUCUUCCAGAACAAUGUUUCCUUCAGGCAGCUGAUGGCUGCUGCCUCCAGCCUGGUUUGUGGUUACACUGAGGGGGCUUUUGCCCGAGUCACCUCAUUCAACUGGUAUGAAGACAACAACUAUAAAGCCUUCCUGGGCAUCAGCAGCAGCCGGGCACAGGGCACCUACAACUAUGACAACAAUGCCACUCCUUUCUGCAAUGACUUGAUGAGAGAGAUGGAGUCCAACCCUGCUACCAGCAUACUGUGGAACUCUGUCAAACCUAUGCUGAUGGGCCGGAUCCUUUAUGCCCCCGAUUCACCUGCUGUAAGGCAGAUCAUAAGAAAUGCAAACACAACAUUCGAGGAGCUGGAGAGGCUGAAGAUUAUGGUGAAAGCCUGGGAGGAAGUAGCUCCUCAGAUAUGGGCUUUCUUCCAGGAUGGAAUUCAAACAAAGAUGAUUCGGGACACCAUCAACAAUCCAGCAGUGAUGGACUUUAUUGACAGAAGCCUGGAGGAGGUGCCAUUCUUUUCCAAACAUGUCCUCAACUUCCUGCACAAUGGCUCGCCAGAGGACCGUCCUGUCGGCAUGCCUGACUUUGACUGGCGGGACAUCAUCAACCUCACAGACAGCACCAUUCGUAUGCUUAAUCAAUAUGGGGAUUGUGUAAUUUUGGAUAAAUUUGUGGCUCUGAGUGAUGAGAAUGAAGUGACUCAUCGUGCCUUGGACCUUUUGGAAGAGGGCAAGUUCUGGGCAGGUCUCGUGUUUGUGAAUAUCUACCCAUGGUCCAGCAAGGUCCCACCUCAUGUUAAGUUCAAGAUCAGGAUGGAUAUUGACAUUGUGGAACGCACCAAUAAGAUCAAAGACAGGUAUUGGGACCCUGGACCUAGAGCAGAUCCUAUGGAUGACCUCCGCUAUGUGUGGGGCGGCUUUGCUUACCUCCAAGACAUAAUCGAGCAUGGGGUCAUCAAGACUCACACGGGCAAAGACUGGCCCCUAGGAGUUUACUUACAGCAGAUGCCCUACCCUUGUUAUGUAGAUGAUCUCUUCAUGCUGACGUUGAACCGUUGUUUCCCAAUCUUCAUGGUGCUGGCCUGGGUCUACUCUGUCUCUGUGAUAGUCAAGAGCAUUGUUCUGGAGAAGGAACUGCGCCUGAAGGAGACUCUGAAGGCAAUGGGGGUCACCAACGGUGUCAUCUGGUCCACCUGGUUCAUUGACAGCUUCCUCAUGAUGGCCACUAGCACGGCUCUUCUCACUUCCAUCAUCAUGGCAGGGAGGGUGCUGAACUACAGCAAUCCCCUCAUCCUCUUCCUCUUUCUGCUAACUUUCACCACGGCAACCGUCAUGCAGUGCUUCCUCCUCAGUGUUUUCUUCAACCAGGCUAACCUGGCAGCAGCCUGCUGUGGCAUCGUCUAUUUCACUUUUUAUCUACCACAUAUCUUCUGCUUCGCCUGGCAAGAGCACAUCACCAAAGACAUGAAGAUCCUGCUGAGUCUGCUGUCUCAGGUAGCGUUUGGCUUUGGGACGGAUUAUCUGUCACGGUACGAGGAGCAGGGCUCAGGCCUGCAGUGGGAUAACAUCCAAACCAGUCCUCUGGAGGGGGAUGAGUUCUCCUUCCUCACCUCCAUCUGUAUGAUGGGCCUGGACACUGUGCUGUAUGCUGUGCUGGCCUGGUAUCUGGACAACGUCUUUCCUGGACAGUAUGGCAUCGGGCGACCAUUUUACUUUCCAUUGCUACCCUGUUAUUGGCUCAACACCGUCACUCCAGCUACAGGCAGCAACACGUUAGAUUUGGAUAAAAAAGGCUUUGAUAACCUGGCAAACAAGCAAGGAGAGGAGGACAAUAUUAAAGAGGAGGAGAACCAAAAUCACCAGAAACCCAAGGCUCUGGAGGAGAUUGUGUCGUGUGAACACCAGGACCUUCGUGAAAGGGUUGUAAAGGAGAACCAAGAGAAAGAUGGCCGGCCAUUCUUUGAGGCAGAUCCAGUUGACCUGGUUCAGGGUGUCUGCAUCCAAAACUUGGUCAAGGUUUUUGGGGGUAGCUUCCAGCCAGCUGUGGACGGCCUGAGCAUUAACUUCUAUGAGAGCCAGAUCACUGCCUUUCUGGGCCACAAUGGGGCUGGGAAAACCACCACUAUGUCAAUCUUGACUGGAAUGUAUCCUCCUUCCUCAGGGACCGCCACCAUUUAUGGCAAGGACAUCCGCUCAGACAUGGACGCCAUCCGACUGUCUUUGGGAAUGUGCCCUCAGCACAACAUCCUCUUUCAGCACAUGACUGUAGCAGAGCACAUCCUAUUUUACUCCCUGCUGAAGGGCCGUCCUAUAGCGGAGGCCGAAGAGGAGAUGGAGAACAUGCUUCAGGAUAUGGGUCUGCCACACAAAAGACAUGAACUAGUUCAAAACCUGUCAGGAGGAAUGCAGCGCAAGUUGUCAGUUGCAUUGGCAUUCGUUGGAGGGGCUAAAGUAGUGAUCCUGGAUGAACCCACAUCAGGGGUUGACCCCUACUCCAGACGCUCCAUUUGGGACCUACUGCUCAAAUAUCGUACAGGACGGACAGUGAUCAUGUCCACCCACCACAUGGAUGAGGCCGACCUGCUUAGCGAUCGUGUAGCUAUCAUCUCCCAGGGACGCCUCUACUGCUGUGGCUCACCCAUUUUCCUCAAAAACUGUUUUGGUGCUGGUUUCUACCUCACUCUUGUGCGACGUAUGAAAUACAACACGUCAAAGGUCAGCUGUGACUGUACUCAGAGUUGCUUGUGUAAAUGCUCAAAGUGCUCAAAAUUCAAAGAGAACCAGGAUGACGGAAAGACAUCGGACAGACAUAUGGACGGUAACUUGGAAAGGAUCACAGCACUGGUCCAUCACCAUGUGCCACAGGCCCGUUUGAUUGAGGCUAUUGGUCAGGAACUGACUUUCUUGCUGCCAAACCAUGACUUCCAGCCUAGAGCCUAUGCCAGCCUCUUCAGGGAGCUGGAGGAAACACUGAUGGACAUUGGCCUCAGCAGCUUUGGCGUGUCUGACACAUCACUGGAGGAGAUUUUCUUAAAGGUUACCGCUGACGGGAGUGCAACCAACUGCAAAAAUAUACAAGAUAAGAAAUUCUUGCAGCAGAUUUCUCGAGCCAGUCUCUGUGGAUUCAGCAGAGUGGCAGUUGAAACGGAACAACCACAAGAAACAGAUGGGACUGUGCAAACCAGUGGUCAGAGCCCAGGUGGAUUCCCACAGGACAAUGCAGAUGGGGGAAGCGAGAAGGUCAAAGGCCUUUGUCUGAUCAUCAAACAGUUCUUCGCCUUGCUGAUCAAGAGGUUUCAUCAUGCUACACGUUCCUACAAAGACUUCUUUGCACAGAUUGUGCUGCCAGCCAGUUUUAUUUUCUUAGCGCUGACAUUCACAAUGAUUCUUCCACCUUUUGGAGAGUAUCCUAGUCUAACCCUCACUCCCUGGAUGUAUGGGCGACAGUACACAUUCUUCAGUAAUGAGCAUCCUAUGGAUGGACAGAUGAGAUACCUUGGUGCGGUGUUGCUGGACAAACCUGGUUUUGGGACUCGUUGCAUGGUGGAUGAACCACUGGAAGAGUUCCCAUGUAACAACAUCACCACGGAGUGGGAGAUGCCUCUGGUUAACCCUGCCCUGAUAGAGCUGCUGUCAGGUCCAGAGUGGAACUCCUUCAGACCCUCUCCAGACUGCCAAUGCAGCACAGACAGGAAACUCACCAUGCUCCCAGACUGUCCUGAUGGAGCCGGAGGACUUCCCCCUCCACAGAGAAUCCAGUCCACAGGAGAUGUUCUCAUGGACCUAACUGGCAGGAACAUCUCUGACUUCUUGGUGAAGACUUACCCCGGCCUCAUCAGAACCAGCUUGAAGAGCAAAUAUUGGGUAAAUGAACAAAGGUAUGGAGGUAUAUCAGUGGGAGGACGGCUUCCAGUGUUAGCACUGCACCCAAAGACCAUCAAUGAUUUUGCUGUUCAGCUGGGACGACUGCUCAACGUUACUGGGGGUGAAUACUGCAAACAAACCCUGAAGGAUAUAGGAACGUUCUUCCGGUACAUGGACACAGAGAAUAAUGUCAAGGUAUGGUACAACAAUAAGGGCUGGCAUGCUAUGGUGGCUUUCAUGAACAUCGCCAACAAUGCCAUUCUUCGCACCUACCUGCCUAAAGGAGCUAACCUGGAUGAAUACGGAAUCACAGUCAUCAACCACCCACUGAACCUCACCAAAGAAGAGCUCUCAGAGAUCACUGUCCUGACUACUUCAGUGAAUGCAGUCGUGGCCAUUUGUGUCAUCUUCGCCAUGUCCUUUGUCCCAGCCAGCUUUGUCGUCUAUCUCAUCCAGGAGCAGGCAACCCAGGCCAAACACCUGCAGUUUGUCAGUGGUGUCAGCCCACUGGUCUACUGGGUCGCCAACUUCCUCUGGGAUAUGGUGAAUUACUCCAUCAGCGCAGCACUGGUGGUCCAGAUCUUCAUCUUUUUUGAAAAGAGGUGCUAUACAUCAGAAACCAACAUCCAACCAUUUAUUGCUCUACUUAUGCUCUAUGGCUGGUCUGUCACACCAAUGAUGUACCCAAUGUCCUACAUAUUCAGCAUUCCCAGCACCGCCUACGUGUCUCUGUCAUGUAUCAACCUCUUCAUUGGCAUCAACAGCAGUGCCAUCACCUUCAUCCUGGACCUUUUUGAGAACACCACUGCUCUGUACAAGUUUAACCAGCUACUAAAGACAGUGCUGCUCAUCUUCCCCCAUUACUGCCUGGGCCGCGGUCUUGUAGACAUGGCCAUGAACCAGGCCAUAACUGACGUCUAUGCUCGAUUUGGAGAGGACUACAGUCCAGACCCAUACAACUGGGGCUUUAUUGGGAAGAACCUGUUCUGCAUGACUGCUGAGGGAUUUGUCUACUUCCUCCUUAACAUUCUCUUCCAGUAUCGUUUCUUCUUGGAUCACUGGAUAUCAGAUUGCCCAAAGCCUCAUAUUGUAGAGGAAGAUGUGGAUGUGGCCCAGGAAAGAGAACGUAUUUGGAAGGACGGAAAAACAGAUGACAUUUUAAACAUACGAAACCUGUCCAAGACGUACUCUGGCACGAUGACCCCUGCAGUUGACAGAAUCUGUGUUGGAGUAUCUCCCGGAGAGUGUUUUGGUCUGCUGGGUGUAAAUGGAGCAGGAAAGACCACCACCUUUAAGAUGCUGACUGGAGACAUUGACGUUACUUCAGGAGAGGCUUCAGUUGCUGGUUACAGUAUUUUGACCAACAUUCUGGAUGUCCAUCAGAACAUGGGCUAUUGCCCACAGUUUGAUGCCAUUGAUGAGCUGCUGACAGGCAGAGAGCAUCUUCACCUCUAUGCCCGCCUCCGUGGAGUCCCAGAAUCAGACAUCAGCAGGGUGGCAGAGUGGGCUAUCCAGAAGUUGGGUCUGUCUGAGUAUGCCGGCCAAACUGCUGGCACCUACAGUGGAGGUAACAAGAGGAAACUGUCCACAGCCAUUUCCAUGAUUGGCUGCCCUGCUCUGGUCCUGCUGGAUGAGCCCACCACAGGCAUGGACCCCCUGUCCAAGCGCUUUCUGUGGAAUACAAUCAUGAGUGUCAUUCAGGACCGACGAGCUGUAGUCCUCACUUCUCACAGUAUGCAAGAGUGUGAAGCACUGUGCACCCGAUUAGCUAUAAUGGUUAACGGCUCCUUUAAGUGUUUGGGCACCAUUCAGCAUCUCAAAUACAAAUUUGGUGAUGGCUAUGUGGUGACCAUGAAAAUUAGAGCAGCUAAACCUGGGUCUUCCCCAGAUCUGAACCCUGCAGAAGCUUUCAUGGAGAGCACCUUUCCUGGCUGCAUCCAGCGAGAAAAACACCACAACACUCUGCAGUACAAGCUCUCAUCACCCUCGCUGGCAAGGAUCUUCCAGAUGGUCCUAACCAACAAGGAUAACCUCAACAUAGAAGACUACUCAGUGUCUCAGACUACACUUGAUCAGGUGUUUGUGAAUUUUGCCAAGCAGCAGUCAAGAGAGGAUGACACUAUUACAUUGCAUCCAAAAGUGGCUGGUGCCGAAUUCCAUGAAAUACCUGUCAAGAGUUUGGGGAAGUAAAUAUUCUCACUGGCAAAACAGUUGCUGUACUCCACAUCAGGGGUCAGCAUACGAGGGUAGGCUGAAAAGUUCAAAGGCUCACUAUGAUACAGUUAAUGCAUUAAAGUUAAG